AUGGAAGAAGAGGCCGUUGCUGACGGCGCUUUCGCCGACAAUGGCACCUGUAUUUAUUGGGGCACCGACUACAUCGAAGGAAAGAUCUGGCUGAUUGGAAUGUUUGGGACGACAGUCGCUCUCACAUCCAUCAUUCUCAAUUUCUUCCUCUGCAUCGUCUAUUUGUAUACACCGUCACUGGCAAAAUCAGCCGUGCUCUAUUUUGGAGUGAUUGCCGUCGUCGAUAUCAUCAUGGGAUUUAAUUAUAUCGCUGCGAUGAGUGUACCGGUAUUCAUCGAUUACUACGGUCUCCUGUGGCUGUACCACGUAUUUGUGAGCUGUGUAGUGACUGUUGUAUGCGAAUCGAAUUGUGCCCUCUUCUCCUCAUCACUUCUCAUCCUGUUGGCCACUACGGAACGAUUGCUACGAACGUUUCAAGUCAAGACGACAACGCAUUUGAGGAGAUUCGUGGAGAAGAAUCGAGUGGGACUGUGCGCGGGCUGCAUCCUCGUCGCCGUCGCCUACAAAUUGCCCACGUAUUUUGAGCUCGACGUCACCGAGCAUUUGCAUUGUGGAGUCGAGGAGUUCAGCCGGUUCGAGAUCGUGGCCACCCCUCUAGUACGAAAUGAGAUCUACCGUAAGCUGUUCAUGUUCUGGACCCGAUUCAUCGUCGACCGGAUCUCCCCCUUUAUCCUCCUCGUUCUCAUGAAUUUCAAGAUCAUUACGGCGUUAAAACAGCAAACAUUCACGCCGAAAAAGGCGGUCUUCAUGCCGAGCUCAUCUACAAAGUGUAGCCGCCGGAAUAUUCGGGACGCAACCCGGACGUUAAUCAUCAUGGUCUCCCUCUACAUCGUCUCCCAGGCCCCGCAGAUGAUCAUCAGCAUCAGCGAGUUCAGCACGCCGAAUUUGGACGAGAAAUUGAGAGAUGAUGAAGGGUUGCAUCAACUUUAUUCGUAUGCUAAUGAUAUCUGCAGUAUCUGCUCGUUACUCUCCAGUUGCCUACGCUUCCCGGUGUACCUGGCCAACAAUCGACAGAUCAACGAUGCUUCUCGUGCCACUUUCCGUUAUUUCUGUGGCUAUUGGAGGGCCGAGAAGAAGCCGAAGGACUAUCGACCUAUUAGUGCGCCCACAGCUAGUUUGACCGCUGGGAAAGGACGCAACCCGGACGCCCCGCAGAUGAUCAUCAGCAUCAGCGAGUUCAGCACGCCGAAUUUGGACGAGAAAUUGAGAGAUGAUGAAGGGUUGCAUCAACUUUAUUCGUAUGCUAAUGAUAUCUGCAGUAUCUGCUCGUUACUCUCCAGUUGCCUACGCUUCCCGGUGUACCUGGCCAACAAUCGACAGAUCAACGAUGCUUCUCGUGCCACUUUCCGUUAUUUCUGUGGCUAUUGGAGGGCCGAGAAGAAGCCGAAGGACUAUCGACCUAUUAGUGCGCCCACAGCUAGUUUGACCGCUGGGAAAGCACCCAGCAAAAAGACUUCGGGCGGGCCGCGAACCGUCAAACUGGCCGAAGAUCCGCGGAAAGCGGAUGCGGCGGAAAGUAUGGCAAAUAAACCGACAGAUGUCGAGAAUACCGACAGCACUUCUAAUUAUUCGGCCACAUACGAGUAUCAUCUGAAUGAAUAUCGCUUA